AUGUGUGUGGAGAGCGAUGGAUGUGAAAUCGAGGGGUGCAGCAGUUCGGAUGAGGUGCACACGCUGUCUGGAAGCAUGAGUCCGGCUCUUAAAUCCAGAGAUCUGCAUCACUGCAGACCUGGGCAGAAAUUCCAUGCCGCAUUACUCCGAUGCCGGACUCCGCUUGUAGCCGCCGGGAUUCUGAGUUUUGGAAAUGUGCUCAAUUACAUGGACAGAUACACCGUAGCAGGUGUCCUGCUUGACAUACAGAAACAAUUCAAAGUUGGUGACAGCAGUGCGGGCUUGCUGCAAACAGUCUUCAUCUGCAGUUUCAUGGUGGCCGCCCCCAUUUUUGGUUACCUGGGGGAUCGCUUCAACAGAAAGAUCAUCCUGAGCUGUGGAAUCUUUUUCUGGUCCGCUGUGACGCUGCUAAGCUCUUUCAUUACCAAAGAAUAUUACUGGUUGUUAGUGCUGUCCAGAUGCUUGGUGGGUAUUGGAGAAUCAAGCUACUCAUCUAUCUCUCCGACUAUCAUCGGAGACCUGUUCACGAACAACAAAAGGACUGUGAUGCUCUCUGUCUUCUACCUGGCCAUCCCACUGGGAAGCGGUCUGGGCUACAUCCUGGGAUCAAUUGCUAAAGAUGCUGGAGGGCAUUGGUACUGGGCACUGAGGGUUUCUCCUAUGUUGGGUCUGACUGCUGGGACGCUCAUCCUCAUCUUUGUCUCAGAACCGAAGAGAGGAAGCGCUGACCAACCUGGUGGACGAUUAAAGACACGCACUUCCUGGGUCUGUGACAUGAAAGCUCUCGCCAAAAAUCGUAGUUAUGUAUUUUCAUCUCUGGCAUCGGCUGCUGUGUCGUUUGCCACGGGGGCAUUUGGGAUCUGGAUCCCACAGUACCUGGUCAGAGCUCAGGUGGUGCAAAAGUCAGCAGAGAGCUGCACAUAUCAACCCUGCAGCAGCAGAGACAGUUUAAUAUUUGGAGCCAUCACAUGUGUGACGGGGCUGCUGGGAGUGGUGAUCGGUGCUGUGACCACACGACUUUGCCGUCAGAAGACGGAGCGUGCCGACCCGCUGGUGUGUGCGGUCAGCAUGCUGGGUUCUGCCAUCUUCAUCUGCCUCAUCUUUGUUGUGGCCAAGAAGAGCAUAGUUGGAGCUUAUAUCUGCAUUUUCAUUGGAGAGACGCUGCUCUUUUUGAACUGGGCCAUUACAGCGGACAUUUUAAUGUAUGUUGUCAUACCCACUAGAAGAGCCACUGCUGUUGCCUUCCAGGGCUUCACCUCGCACUUACUAGGGGAUGCUGGGAGUCCGUACCUCAUUGGCCUGAUAUCAGACUCGCUGCAGGAGAGCUACGCUACGUCAGAGAUAUGGCAGUUCCUGAGUUUGGGAUAUGCCCUCAUGCUCUGCCCCUUUGUCAUCGUUCUGGGGGGGAUGUUCUUCCUGGCCACCGCCCUGUUCUUCCUUGAUGAUCGUGACAAAGCCGCCAAACAAGUAAACCAGCUUGCCCGGCCGCCGUCAACAGUUAAGGUUACCAAAUGA